GCAAGGUUGAAUCCACUCCCACUUUGUUCUACAGAUUUUUUUUGUUCUGCAGAUGUCUUCUUUAAUAAGGCACUAUCUUUUUGGGCACCUGUUCUUAUUGCACUUCGUCUCCUCGAAUUUACCUGUAGCAAAAGGUCGUAGGAACAAAGGGGUCAAUUAUUUAUGCCAUAAAGGAGCAUAAUAUAUAUGAGUUGGACUCAGCUUUAACUUAUAAAUUUGUCAACUCGAGUCUCUGUUCGUUCAUUGAAAGGUUCACGUUCCUGUAUCGACCGGGAAAAGCUGAUGAGCAUUGUGUACUCCUCGAGCUUGGAUGCCACUGCACGACACUGGUGCUUGGGCAGGCAGGACAUCCUAGCUCCGACGCAGCACGAGCCGGUGCGGCCUGGAGCGGUGGGCAGACAAGGCAACAGGGCGCAUCGCGGUGGGUCGGUCCGGCUGGUGGCCAGAGGGCGGCGUGACAGCAUGCUCCUCGGUCCGACUUAUUAUGGAUAGUGUAUCCAUAUUGUUAAAAUGUUUGCAUAUUAACGAUGUAUAUUACUGUUAGACAGAGUCUUGAUCUUGUACGGCUUAGAGCCUGGCUUCCAGCCGGCCAGCCAUGUUUAGUAUGUUGAUUAGAGAUACGGGGAGGUGUCCUAGUCCUAUACGAGGUUUCCUUUUGCCUCACGGUUCUUCUCCCCUAUAUAUGUAAAUGUAUUGUCUCGCAAUUAAUCAAUCUACUAUUCUACAAUCUCUUUCAUGGUAUCACGAGUCUAGGGCUUAAUCCCUUCUCUUCUUCCGCUGCAUCAGCGUUGCCCGUCGACGCCGCCUCCCGCGCAUUCGCCGGCUCUGCGCUCCCACCAUGCGCGAUCCCACGCCCUGUGCCAUCGAUUCCUGCGCGCCCCUGCGUCGUCGCCGCCCUCUGCGCGACCUCCUGCCUGCGUGCCCCUGCGCCGCCUCCCGCACGCCCUUGCGCUGCCUGCUGAUGCCGCCUCCUUGCGCGUUCGCCGGCCCUGCGCCAUGACCCAAGACGGAUCUGGUGUCGAGACCGAUCCCGUCGCCCUCGCUGAGAAGGCGCGCGCCGAGUAGGAGGCUCGCGACGCCGCCCGCCAGCGCGCCGACGAGGCGGAUCAAGAAGCCGCCGCCAUCUUGAAGAAAUCAAGGCGGCCUCUGAGCGCCUCCGUGCUGCUCAAGAGCGCGCUGCCCGUGAACGUACUGUGGCUCAAUCUCCUGACAGCGGUGGCUCCGACGCCGGCGACCAUCCUGACCCCAACGGUGAUCCACUUGCCGCCGCGCUACUCCAACAGGAGGCCGCCGUCCUCCUCAACCUUCACGCCCAGGCUGUCUCCGUCCAGAACAUUUGUUUUCUGGUCCCGCUCCUCCUCGACGUGAACUCCACCUUCUACGGCCGCUGGAAGCAAUCGUUCCUCGACGUCCUCGGCAAGUACUCGCUUCAGUCCCACGUACUCUCCGACGCCAUCUCACCCCACUCGCCUUCAUGGGUGCGGAUGAACUGCGCCGUUCGUACCUGGCUCCUCGGCGCCAUCUCCGACAACCUCGCCGACAAGGUCUCCGAGCGCGACGCCUCCGCCCGAGUGAUCUGGCUCGAGUCCCAGUUCCUUGGGAACCGCACCACGCGUGCUCUCUACGUCGAUCAGGAGUUCCGCGCCUUCACCCAAGGCGAUCUGUCCGUUGUCGACUACUGCCGCCGGUUCAAGCGCAUGGCCGAGGAUCUCUGCGACCUCGGCCAACCUGUCUCCGACGAGACUCUCGUCCUCGACAUCGUCCGCAGGCUGAAUGAACGCUUCAGGGCUCUCGGUCUCCACAUCAGGCGCACCACCCCGCUGCCUUCGUUCCUGCAGGUUCGGGACGACCUGCGUCUUGAAGAGAUCACCAUGGCCAAAGGUCCUCCGGCGACCGCCCUCACUGCCUUCUCUAAUGGCGGUUCUGGCAGCUCCAGCAGUGGUGGCGGUUCUGGUGGCUCCAAACCGCCGGUCAAACCGCCACAGCAGCAGCAACAGCAAUCCCGUCGUCAACGUGGCGGCAAGCGGUGGAACAAGGAAGCCAAGGACAGCGCCUCCCAGGGUGCUUCCACAGGCGGUGGUGGCAUCACUACCCCUGGCGGCGCCCUUCCUCCUGGCGGCUACACGUAUCGGAACCCGUGGACCGGUGCCAUCUUCAUGUGGCCUGGUCCGCAGGUUGGACGCCCCUCCGCGCCCCAGCAGGCGCCUCUCCAGCAGCUGCAGCCACCCCAGACCUACAUCGCCGGUCCUCCUGGCCAGUGGGCCGGCCAGUGGGGUGUUCCUCCCGCUGCUUCUCCUCCCUCCUUGGCGCAAGGAUGGGAUCAGCAAUCUCUGGCGAGCAACUUCCAGACCAUGACGCUUCAGCAGCCGCCACAACAUGAGUGGUACUUCGACACUGGAGCCACCAGUCACAUGGCAUCUGACUCUGGUAUCCUCUCAUCCUCCUCAGCUCCUUCCAGUCACUGUACAUCCUCAAUUAUUGUCGGUAACGGGAACCUUCUUCCCGUCACUUCUACUAGCACCACCGUUCUUCCACAUAAGCUUUAUCUUAAUAAUGUUUUGGUCUCUCCUAACCUGAUUAAGAAUCUUAUCUCCGUUCGCCAGUUUACCACUGACAAUAAUUGUUCUGUGGAAUUUGACCCCUUUGGUUGCUCUGUGAAGGAUCUAUCAACCAGGAAUGAGAUCGUCAGAUGUGACAGUUCCGGCCCUCUCUACCCACUGCAGCUUUCAGCUUCCGCGCUCCUUGCUAACACUUCGACACUUUGGCACCAACGUCUUGGGCAUCCUGUCAGCUUCGCCGUCAUGUUCGUCUUCCGUUUCAUGCGUCCUUAUCUCGCGCCUCGCGCCCUUUUGAGUUGCUACAUUGUGAUUUAUGGACAUCACCAAUCACUAGUGUUUCGGGUCAUAAAUAUUAUCUUGUGAUUCUUGAUGAUUUUUCACAUUAUCUUUGGACGUUUACAUUGCGAUUGAAGUCAGACACGUUCUCUACCCUAUCUGAUUUUUUCGCUUAUGUGCGCACCCAGUUCGAUGUGGCUGUGCAGGUUAUUCAGUGCGACAAUGGCAUGGAGUUUGAUAACUCCAGUUCGUGUGUCUUCUUCCUCGCCAACGGCAUUCGUCUGCGCAUGUCUUGUCCAUACACCUCUCCUCAAAACGGUAAAGCUGAACGCAUCAUUCGGACUAUCAACAAUAUCGUUCGCUCUCUUCUUUUUCAGGGUAGCGUCCCCCCCAGGUUUUGGGCAGCCGCCCGCAGCACUGCCACAUAUUUGCUGAUCAUUCUUCCCACCAAGACACUCAAUUUCUCCACGCCGUACUUUUCCCUCUUCCGGAACAGCCGACGUACGACCACUUGCGUGUCUUUGGUUGUAAGUGCUACCCAGACCUUUCUGCCACCGCCGCUAAUAAACUUGCUCCUCGAUCUGCCUUGUGCGUGUUUCUUGGGUACUCUCCGCACCACAAGGGCUAUCUUUGCCUUGAUCGUCACACCAAUCGACUCAUCAUCCCCCGCCAUGUAGUCUUUGAGGAGACUUCUUUUCCGUUUUCGGAAUCUUCCUCUACUCCUACACGCACUGAUUUUGAUUUCCUGGAGGAGUUUACUAACCCGGUGGCUGUUCACUUUCCGCCAUCACCGUUUUCUCUACCUGCAGGAUCCUCUGGUGUCUCCUCGUCGCCUGCGCCUAGCGCUGCGCCUUGCAGACCCACAGCUUUGGAGGGUGAUUCUGCUGCUGCACCCUGUGCAGCACCAUCGCCUAUCUUGCCACGACGUGCGCCCAGCGUGGUCUUGGCGCCCGUCUCUUCGCCCGCGCCACACACGGCCACGCCUUCUGAGGUCUCCGCUGCGCCACGCGCGGCCACGCCUCCCGACGUCACUGCUGUGCCACGCGCGGCUACGCCUCCUGUCGUCAUCACCGCGCCACACGUGGGCUCCGACGAUGACGCUGCACCAUGCGCGGCCCCCGACGAUGACGCUGCACCACGCGCGGCUCCAGCACCUACUCCUUUCAUGCCACGCACGGCACCGCCGGACUCUUCGGCCACGACGUCACCGGUUUCUAUAUUGCGUCGUCGACCUCCUCCUACCACCAAGGUCUACCAGAGGCGACUUCUUGGUCCGGUCUCCUCCACCAGUUGCAUCUCUCCGGUCAGUGUUCCGGUUCAUGCCCCUGGUCCCGUCGGUCCUCCACUGCCUCCUGGUACAGUUGCAGUUACUCCGGUGGAAUAUCAGCAUGGCAUGCGUACACGCAGCAAAUCUGGUUUUCGGGUUCCUGCUCUAUUUCAGACCGAGUCACUGUCACCUAUUCCGCGGAGUUACCGUGCUGCUCUUGCUAAUCCACAUUGGAGAGCAGCAAUGGAAGCUGAAUUUUCUGCUCUCUUGUCCAACCACACUUGGGAUCUAUUGCCUCGACCAGCUGGAGCUAAUGUGGUCACCGGCAAGUGGGUUUUCAAGCACAAGUUUUCAUGCUGAUGGGAGUUUCGAGCGCUACAAUGCUCGUUGGGUACUUCGUGGUUUUACUCAACGUCCAGGUGUUGACUUUGCAGAGACAUUCAGUCCAGUUGAUAGGCCAGCUACAGUCCGGACGGUUCUAUCUCUUGCUGUCUCGCGCUCCUGGCCGAUCCACUAGCUUGACGUCACCAAUGCUUUUCUUCAGGGACAUCUGUCAGAGACAGUUUACUGCAUCCAGCCUUCAGGAUUUGAGGAUUCAGCUCAUCCUGAUCAUGUGUGUCGCCUCAAUCGCUCCCUGUAUGGUCUUAAGCAGGCUCCUGGUUCAGCCGGUUUGCUUCACAUCUUUUAUAGCUGGAUUUCACUGAGGCAAAGUCCGACACAUCGCUGUUCGUCUAUCAUCACGGCGCAAAUAUGGCAUAUCUAUUGCUUUAUGUUGAUGACAUUGUUCUGACAGCCUCAUCUCCAGCUUUAUUGCGGCAGAUUAUUGGUGCUCUUCAGCAGGAAUUCUCCAUGAAGGACCUUGGGACCCUUCAUCACUUUCUUGGUAUGCAUGUUCAGCAUCUUGGCUCAAAUCUCUUUCUUUCUCAGCAACAGUACAUGAUUGAGAUUCUUGAGCGUGUUGAUAUGGCUGAUUGCAAGUCUUGUUCAACUCCGGUGGAUCUUAAUCCAAAGUUAUCUGCUGAUGGUCCUCUCACGGCUGCGGGUGCUACGGAUUUUCGGAGUCUCGCUGGUGCUCUUCAGUGGCUUACUUUCACCAGACCGGAUAUUUGCUAUGCUGUUCAGCAAGUUUUCCUUCAUAUGCAUGAUCCCAGGGAGACACAUCUUGCUGCUCUAAAGCGCAUCCUACGCUACGUUCGUGGCACAUUUCAUAUGGGUUUGCUCAUUCGUCCUUCUACACAGGCUGAUUUGGUGGUCUACUCUGAUGCCGAUUGGGCAGGUUGUCCGGAUACACGCAGGUCCACCUCGGGCUAUACGGUGUUCCUUGGUGACAAUUUGGUUUCCUGGUCUUCCAAACGUCAGAAUACAGUCUCCCGUUCCAGUGCAGAGGCCGAGUAUCGAGCUGUUGCCAAUGCUGUUGCAGAAGCCACUUGGUUAUGCCAACUUUUGUCUGUGCUGCACACUCCCUUGCGCAAGACAACCUUGGUGUAUUGUGAUAACAUCAGCUCUGUCUACAUGUCUGCCAAUCCUGUUCAGCAUCAGCGGACAAAACACAUUGAGAUCGACCUUCACUUCGUCCGGGAGCGUGUUGCUGUUGGUGAUAUUCGUGUUCUCCACAUGCCGACGACUUCUCAGUUCGUCGACAUCUUCACCAAAGGGCUGCCUUCCUCGGUCUUCACUGAAUUUCGGUCUAGUCUUAAUGUUCGGUGUCCCGACGAUCCGACUGCGGGGGGUGUUAGACAGAGUCCUGAUCUUUUACGGCUUAGAGCCUGGCUUCCAGCCGGCCAGCCAUGUUUAGUAUGUUGAUUAGAGGUACGGGGAGGUGUCCUAGUCCUAUACGAGGUUUCCUUUUGCCUCACAGUUCUUCUCCCCUAUAUAUGUAAAUGUAUUCUCUCAAUUAAUCAAUCUACUAUUUUGCAAUCUCUUUCAAUUACCCUAUGCUUAAUUGCAUAUUUUGUUACCUUUUAUAUUUACAUAUAUUUGAUUGUUUAAAUGGUAGGGCGCGCAGCGCACGCCUAAUGUUCUAGUGAGUAUGAACAAAAGGCAGAGUUUGAAGAUUCAUUUGCAGCUAUGAGAGAAAAAGUUAGAAAAUCAACUUGGUUGGACAGCAUUUACAUGCAGAAACAUAAGUGGGAUGAGUGCUACAUGCUGGGGGUUUUUUCACUAGGAAUGCGAAGUACACAACUAAGCGAGAGCUUAAAUAAUGCAUUAAAAGGCCAUUUCAAAUCAGAUCUUGACAUUAUUAGGUUCCUAAAGCGUCUAGAACAUGUUGUUCAAGACAAGAGCGAUAAGGAGUUACCAGCUGAAUUUGAAUCUAGAAAGAAGCAACCGAAGAUUGGGACGAUGGCACCUAUGUUGAUACAAGAAAGUAUGAUUUAUACACCUUCAAUAUUUGAAGUCUUUCAAGCUGAAUAUGAAAAGUACUUGGCUGCCUACACAGUAACUCAAAUGGAAGUAAUGAAUUUGUGCCAUUUGAUGCAAGUACUUGAUCAUAUGCUAGUUUCAUAGGCAAAGAGGAAUAACAUUUCUAGCCUCUACUACCUAAUCUUCAUACUGGAAGAUGUUCUGCAGAAAAGAUCAAAAGAAGACUUUUCCCUA